AAUCUCGCGAGACCAGGUUGCAUUCGUAGUUGGUUUAUUGACGGGAUUGUAGUGAUUGUUGCUUCUUCUAAUAAAGUUUCCAAAACGGAAUUCGUCAAAAGAAAACUAAAAGAACUGUGUGAUAGAAAAACUAAUUUCAUUAAAAAUGUUUUUAAUCAUUACUAGUAUAUUCGCCAUUACCUCACUUCUAUGCCAUGUGCACUUCAUUCAAGGUCAUGGUGGUUUUGUUCCCAUUCAAGGUGGUUUCAUUCCUAGCGCAAGUUAUAAUUAUGGAAGUUAUUGUCAAACACCUCUAAAUGAAAUGGGAUCCUGUGUUUCAUUGAAAUUUUGUCCCGAAGUAUUGACCCUAUUCGAAAGAUUGGACACUAGAUCGGCCAAAAGAUAUUCGGCGCAGUUGCAAAAUCUUUGCGGUAAUCGUGUAACGCCAGAUCAAUAUCCGGUGCUUUGCUGUAAACGUGUUGUAACAAGUAUGACCAGAACUGAUGGGUCAUCUCCAGCGGUUACCACAUCAACAACCACUACAACAACGACUACGACUACGACCACCGAAAGGCCAACAGUGAAAACAACUACACCAGAAAAUGAUAACAGAAGUGGGGUUUCCACAAAUGUACUAUGUUUGACAACAGAAUUGACCUCGGGAGUUUGUAAACCUCUCAAAGCCUGUCCAGAACUUUUAAAUAAACUUAAAGCUGACCCGAAUAAUGAAGAUUUCAAAUCUGAUCUACGCAAAUCCCACACUUCAUGUGGUAAUCAAAACACAGAGGUUUGUUGUCCUGCAACAGCUGCAGUGCCUACCUCGUCUCCCAACCCCCGUACCAUGAGACAAAACGUCAAUCAUUUGCCCUCUGAAGAGGAAGGAUGUGGUCUGGUCAAUCAGACAGCGCCAAAAAUUGUCGGUGGGGACGUAAGUCAAAUUGGUGCCUGGCCAUGGAUGGCUCUCAUUGGCUAUGACCCCUACAGUGUAAGGCCAUUUAAGUGUGGUGGUACAUUGGUCUCCAGUCGACAUGUGAUUACGGCAGCACAUUGUAUACGUCAGGAUUUAUCUUUCGUCAGACUUGGUGAAUUUGACUUGUCCACAGAAUCGGAAACGGAGUAUGUGGAUAUAAAUGUUAUUAAGCAUGCAAAACAUCCCGAUUUUGGUAAAAACCGACGUUCAGAUUUGGCGAUAUUGUUGCUGGAAACUGAGGCGAAAUUUACAGCUCUCAUUGCUCCCAUAUGCUUGCCCAAUUCGAUACAACUGCGUUCCAAGUCCUAUGUGAACAGCAUGCCCUUUGUUGCUGGUUGGGGUUAUACCGAACAGGGUGGUUCAACAUCCAAUGUACUGAAAGAGACCCAGUUGCCAGUGCUGGAUAAUGAUGUCUGCCGACAGAUCUAUAAACGUUUAUUGCCCAGUAUUGGCGAUGCUGAAUAUGAUGAGAGCAUUAUUUGUGCUGGUUACACAGUGGGUGGCACUGAUACCUGUCAAGGAGAUUCAGGAGGCCCAUUAAUGAUACCAGAGCUAUAUAAGGGUGUAACUCGUUAUUAUUUGCUUGGUGUGGUGUCCUAUGGCCAUGGCUGUGGUAAAGUUCCUGGCAUUUAUAUUAGCACUCAGCGAUGGAUGGAUUGGAUAGUAAAACAAAUUGAAGAACUAUGAGAUUAUCAAACAAUAGACAGUUUAUAAUAUAUCUAUAGGUAAACAU